AGUACUGGUACCUAUAUUGAUGUUUAAUCAAUUCUUAGUCAAUAACAAAUAUUAUUAAUAAAGUAGUAGAGACUUCACAUUUACUUCCAUUGUUAAUAACUUUUGUCUUCAACAAAGUUAAAUACUCAAUUAGAGAUAAGUAAUCAGAAACAGUUGCUAUAAAUAUAUAUUCCCUUGAAAGGAUUGAAAAUAAAGUCUUUUGGGCAGAUUCAUGCUUCUGAGCGUAUAAAAUAUAUAUUAUAUGUCAAUGACUUCUGCAAAUUUUCCUGGCAAUUAUUUGGUGUUGCGACCUCAAGAAGUGAGUUAUCUGAAUGUGUUUCGUAUACUAUGGAACGACGACAUCGAGAAAAAAGCAUUUGUGGACUUCCCAGAUGGAAAGGUGGAGAAUCUCCAUCGUCGAUGGCUUAUAUUUCUCUCUCUGCUAUCACAAAAAAUCCUGCAAUCUAUAGCCAGGCCAAUGGCAUCGUUUGGAUCAAGAGUUGAGAUGUGGCUAAACCUUAUAUCAUGUAACCGUAAUAUUUUUGUGCUCUUCAUAAAUUAUUUACGAGGUAGGGUGGAAAGACCAGUUAAGGAAUCAAAAACUUUCUUAUCAUUUGCUGGACAUUUAGACAAGCGUGUGGAUUUAGACAAGAAUAUCAAGCAUGGUGAUAGCAGAUACUACAGUGCACUCUCUGUAAUGGCUGCAAAGGUAGCUUAUGAGAACAAAGCCUUUGUCGAAAAUGCAGUUAGAAAUCACUGGAAGAUGGAGUUAAUUGGAUACUAUGAUUUUUGGAAUGAUUUUCAACAAAAACGUACAACACAAGGCUUCAUGUUUCAUGAUAAAAAUGCAGACCCUGACAUAAUUGUCGUGGCCUUUAGAGGUACGGAAGCCUUUGAUGCGGAUGAUUGGUGUUCUGAUUUUGAUAUCUCCUGGUAUGAGUUUCCUGGCAUAGGAAAAAUUCAUGGUGGCUUUAUGAAAGCAUUAGGUUUAUCAAUGCGUCAAGGCUGGCCUCCGGAAUUUAGACAAGGCGCCGAUGGCCAACCGAUAGCUUACUACACUAUAAGAGAGAAAUUGAAACAACUUCUUAAACAAAAUAAAAAGACAAAAUUUAUAUUGACUGGUCACAGCAUGGGUGGCGCAAUUGCAACUCUCUUCCCAGCUGUUCUAGCAAUGCAUAAAGAGACAUGGUUAUUAGAGAGGCUGGAAGGCGUGUAUACAUUUGGUCAGCCAAGAGUUGGAGAUGGGGAAUUCAAGAGGUUCAUGGAGAGCCAGAUGCAAAAGCACAAGUUUAAGUACGUGAGAUUCGUUUAUUGUAAUGAUGUGAUUACCAGGUUGCCCAUAGAUGAUUCGACAUUUCUUUUCAAGCAUUUUGGUACAUGCGUCUACUAUAAUAGCUGUUAUUAUGGGAAGAUAGUUUCAGAGGAACCACACAAGAACUAUAUAUCGGUAUUUGCUGCUAUACCGAGGUUUCUAAAUGCAUUAUGGGAGCUAGUAAGAGGCUUCAUUUUACCCUACAGAAAGGGGGCCGAUUAUAAAGAACCUUGGUUGCUGAUACUGCUUAGAUGGUAUGGACUGAUACUCCCAGGUUUGUCAGCUCACACUCCACAAGAUUACGUUAAUUUAACACGGUUGGGACCUGACACUAUAUACCACCGUCUUCAAGACCCAAAAUUUGGAAGUGUCUCUAAUUCGGAUGCAACAAAAGAUUGAUCAUGGCUCACGGUUUAUUACUUCAGAGGAUUAAGUUGAUUGAAAGAAAUCGUAAUCGUUUUUCAUAUAUACAUUCUUUUCAAGAUAUGAAUUAUAUAUUGUAAAUUAGUUUGUAUUUAUGACAAUAUAUUUGUAAUAUCUUCAUAUGAUUAAAACAAAAGUCUGCAUUAGUUUGUA